GUUAAAAGUAGCAGAAGGGCAAAACAACAAUAAGCGAAUAAAAACAUAAACGACGGAAUAAAAUGGAUAAAUUAACGACUAUAAGUGCAACUCUCUUUAUGGCGGCCGAUGUGUUUGCAAUAGUGAGCUUGGCUUUACCGGAUUGGAUUAUCACGGAGUCGGGAACUGGAGACAUUCGAUUGGGAUUGAUGUGGACCUGCAUGACACUAUAUAACCGACCCCAGGUGUGCUACACUCCCGAUUUGCAACCAGAAUGGCUUAUUGCACUAAUUUGCAUCUUUGUGGGCUGCAUUUGUGUGACCACCACCGUGAUUCUUUUGGCCUCGUCGUCUUGCAACCGGAAUGUGAUUCCCUACGCCCGCUGGGUGGGAUUCACGGCCAUGGUUCUCUUUUGCAUGGCGGCCGUCGUCUUUCCGCUGGGAUUCCAUGUCGAGGAGAUCGGUGGACAGGCCUAUCAACUGCCCAACACCUUCAAAAUCGGCAUAUCCUACAUCAUGUUCGUCCUAGCCCUCUGGAUAACCGUGGUCUCUGAACUGUUUGCCGGCAAGGUCUGCCUGCCGCAUUUCUAGAGACAGGAAGACGGCAUCUUCGGAUUCCUCAUAUCCUUUGCAGUUUGCGCUGUGAUUUGUUACACCUUUUGUUUCUCCAUGAUCGUUAUCGCUCUUGAUGUAAUUGACAAGUAACCUUAUAUAUUUGUUUUUUAAACUGCUACAUCUUAACUUUGAGCUGGAAAUCCCCUAAAAACUGUUUGUUAACGAAUCUCCCAAGCUCUAGACCCUUUUAUAUUGUGUUAAACUGAGCGUACCUUCUGUAGUAUUUAUAAUUUAAAAAGUAUCGGUAUCUUAAAAUGAUACAACAUAGUUAUUGUCCAGAUCAAUAUUCAAGAAACCGUUUAUUGAUCAGUAUUGCAACUCAAGCAUAGAUUUAAGAACAUUUGAUAAGUUAAAUUUAGAUAUGCGAAUAUACUUUUGAUACUGGAACAGAAAAAACAAGUAUUUUUGUGCCUAUUUUAUAAUAUUUGUUUUGUGAGCACCAUUUAAACUAUUUAAAAGCAAGUUAUAACACAAGAUCACAAAAUGUAUUACACUUUUAUUUUAAAUGGAUUAUCUUUAUCACAAGCACAUAUCAUUUUUGAAUUUUUCAUUUAUUUUAUUUCGUUGAUCGCACUUACAAGAUGUCGAUGGUUAUAAAUGAGGAUUCACAUAAAAAAAAAACUCUUAUAGGACUGGUCUCUUUUUUUUAAUAAAAUGUUUUUAUAUGACGAUAA